AUGCCACCAGAUCCAAUUUUUGACACAAUGACCGGUGGUGAAACUAUUCUAGGCAAUAGCAGUCGCGGUUGUGGUGUGGGCACUCGACAGCUAUGUUCUCCCACUGAUAUAUUCAUGACAUCGACGAAUCAUCUUUACAUCGUUGAUUCUGGUAAUAGAAGAAUUCAAAAGUACAACUUAGAAGAUCAAAGUGUCGAAACAGUGAUUGGUUCUGUUAAACUGAGAGAACCGAUUAGUGUCUAUGUUGUUGGUGGUGGCACAGACGAGGAGAUCUAUGUACUCGACCGUGUGAAUCGGACAGAUUUUGUCGUUAAAUUAUGGAAGAAUAAGAACGACAUAGAUGGAACGAUUGUAAUUCCUAGUGAUUCUGAAAUCUACUAUGACCUCUAUCUGGAUGGCAACUCCAACAUCUAUCUUUCGACUUACUACGAAAUUAAGAAAUGGUUUGCGCCUGACUACGGCUAUGGUAUCAUUAUUGCUCAAUUCCAUUCACAGGAAAAUUCGGUACCAAUCUAUGUUGAUGAAGAUUAUAAUUUAUACUUUUACGAUUGUGCUGAGCCUGAAAUUCAAAUGUGGCCAAUUGGUGGUGCUGUGGAGCCUAGUUUCAAAAGGACAUUCGCUUCUUUACGGUCUACAGAGACGGAUGGCCCAAUUGGCUUUACACUGGACUGUAACAACAAUAUUUAUUUUAGUGUUCGUGUUAAUAAGAGUCACUAUGCAAUCUUUAGAGUGAACCAACAGGUGAACGGCAAGAUAGAGACUGUUCUUCUAAAUCCCUCGUAUAUUUCAGCUAUUCAGUUUGAUCAAUAUGGCAAUUUAUAUGUGUCUGGAAGGCAAGAACAUCAGAUAAGGAAAUUUGCAGUUUUAAAUUGA